AUGUUGGAAAAAUUAGAUCUUGGUGUGAAUUCCUCCCAAAUGACCUCAUCUGAACGCCUCUUCCCAGAUCCUCAGAGACCCGGCCGCUAUUCGGGUCGAGUGUUUAUGGCCGAUCAGGAGGAAGUGAACAAGAUCUGCGAGGAUUACCAGAAACUCGAGAACAAGUAUGAUAUUUUCGAGAGGAUGUUCAUUCAGCUAUUUCUGGAAGAGGAAAUUGAGCUGUCCGUUCAUUUCGGACUGGACAAGCUAAAAGAAGAGGACUUGCGGAAGGAUCAGCGUUUCCGAACGCACGUUGGAAAGUUCCAACGAUUUUUCACCGGCAUCGUCGAAAUGCUCUCCAAAGGACCCGAGCAACUCAGCAACAUAGUUCAAGUUCUUAGGAAGACUAGUGAUCUCUUGAGAACAGAUAAGGGAGUCGAGAUGGCUCAGCUGAACGAAAAAUAUUGA